GGUCAUUCAAACCCUUUUUUUUUUUGAAUGAUCUCUCUGUGAAAGCUUAAACACUAUUCAACUUCGUCUCCUCACCGUCCGAUGUAUUGACUUUUUUUUUUCUCACCGAUCAAAAAAACUAAACUUUGACUUUCAAACAAACCGGCGACGAUGGGUCACUGUUACAGCCGGAACAUUUCCACCGUCGACGAUGACGACAACGAGAUCCCCUCCGUAACCGCUCAGUUACAACAUCAUCGCUCCCAUAACAACCAACAGGCUUCGUCGUCGAUUCCCCAGUCUCCGGCUGCUUCAGAAGUCAACCCUUACAAUAUCAGCCCAUUCCAUAGCCCGUUACCGGCGGGAGUAGCUCCAUCUCCGGCGAGUACUCCGGGAAGAAAAUUCAAAUGGCCGUUCCCGCCUCCUUCACCUGCGAAACCGAUUAUGGCGGCUCUGAGACGGAGACGAGGUGCAGCACCACAGCCGCGAGACGGUCCGAUCCCUGAGGAUAGGGAAGAAGUCGAUCACGGAAGAGCCGGAGGUAGCGGUUCCGGUGGCGGGAUCGGAGGGAGGUUAGAUAAGAACUUCGGGUUUGCUAAGAAUUUUGAAGCAAAGUAUGAGCUUGGGAAAGAGGUGGGUCGAGGGCAUUUUGGUCAUACCUGUUGGGCUAAAGCUAAGAAAGGCAAGAUCAAAGGUCAAACUGUUGCUGUCAAAAUCAUCUCUAAGUCUAAGAUGACAUCAGCUUUAUCAAUUGAAGAUGUUCGUCGUGAGGUGAAGUUGUUGAAAGCUUUGUCAGGGCAUAGUCAUAUGGUUAAGUUCUACGAUGUGUUUGAGGAUGCGGAUAAUGUCUUUGUUGUUAUGGAGUUAUGUGAAGGUGGAGAGCUAUUGGAUAGAAUUUUGGCGAGAGGUGGUCGAUACCCGGAAGCAGAUGCUAAGCGUAUUCUUGUGCAAAUUUUAUCUGCAACUGCUUUUUUCCAUCUUCAAGGUGUUGUGCACCGUGAUCUAAAGCCGGAGAAUUUUCUCUUUACCAGCAAAAAUGAGGAUGCAACACUCAAGGUUAUAGAUUUUGGUUUGUCUGAUUUCGCUAGAUUCGGUAAUGAUCUAUUUCUUUGCUCCACUUUCUUAUACAUGACUCUGCCUAGUAGAAUUUUAUGUAGCGACUUAAGGGGCGAAUGUUUUCUUUGUGGUGGUCUUUCAUCAGAUCAGCGUCUCAAUGAUGUGGUAGGAAGUGCAUACUAUGUUGCACCUGAAGUACUCCACAGAUCCUAUAGCACUGAAGCAGAUAUAUGGAGCAUUGGUGUCAUAUCUUACAUAUUACUUUGUGGAAGUAGACCAUUUUAUGGAAGAACCGAGUCUGCUAUUUUUCGUUGUGUGCUUAGAGCGAAUCCUAAUUUCGAAGAUUUGCCCUGGCCUUCAAUAUCUCCUAUUGCCAAAGACUUUGUGAAAAGGCUUUUGAACAAAGACCAUAGGAAAAGAAUGACAGCUGCUCAAGCUUUAGCUCAUCCAUGGCUUCGAGAUGAAAACCCUGGUUUACUUCUAGAUUUCUCUAUUUACAAAUUGGUCAAGUCUUAUAUUCGAGCAUCGCCUUUCAGACGAGCAGCACUUAAGGCUCUAUCAAAAGCUAUACCCGAAGAAGAACUCGUGUUCCUUAAAGCACAGUUUAUGCUCCUGGACCCAGAAGAUGGAGGCCUGCAUCUACACAAUUUCACUACGGCUCUGACAAGAUAUGCUACGGAUGCUAUGAUUGAAUCUAGGCUUCCUGACAUUUUAAACAUGAUGCAACCCUUGGCACAUAGAAAACUUGAUUUUGAAGAGUUUUGUGCUGCUGCGGUCAGCGUUUAUCAACUAGAGGCUCUUGAAGAAUGGGAACAGAUCGCAACGAUAGCCUUUGAUCACUUUGAACGUGAAGGAAGCCGAGCCAUUUCCGUCCAAGAACUCGCCGAGGAGAUGAGUUUGGGACCAAAUGCAUAUCCUCUUCUCAAGGAUUGGAUACGGAGUUCAGAUGGGAAGCUGAAUUUCUUAGGCUACGCCAAGUUCUUACACGGUGUGACUGUUCGAAGCUCGAGCUCGAGACCAACAAGGUGACUUCUAACUUUGCAUGUCAAACCCGAAUCAUUAAAACAUGUGGAUUCAAGGGAAAAAAAACAUCAACCGGAAGAAAAGGUACCUCUUUUGUAUUAAACAUUUUGUUUUCAGGGGAACCAUUCUAAAUCCAAACAAACAAAAAGGAAAUACAUAUAUUCUUGUUUGUAUAGAAAGAAUUAGUUGAGUUGUUGUGUGAUUCGUUUGCGGUUUUA